CCCGUGAAAGUUUGUUUUUGAAAGUGACUGCUGCACUUCAGAGCUGUUGGACAGGAUUCCUUAUCCUUUCUAAGUCCGACCAUGAGACUGGCAGUGUUUGGGGCCACUGGUCCUACAGGUUUGGAGGUCGUACAACAGGCACUCGCCCAAGGUCAUGAUGUCACUGCCCUAGUGAGAGACCCUGACAAGAUGGCAGCGCUGGUGCCAAAUAAGGACCUCAAGAUUGAGAAGAUGGACUUUUCCUCUGCUGAUACUGUAGAGCCACAUCUGCAGGACAAAGAUGUCGUCCUCUCCUGUCUGGGAAUUAGGAGCUGGCCUUGGUCGACAGUCACACUUUACACAGACUCCAUGAAGGUCAUUGUCGCUGCCAUGAGGAAGAACAACGUCAAGCGCCUGGUCUGCAUGACAUCCUGGUUCACCACUGAUGACCCGUCAAACCCGCCGUUUUUCCUCAUGCGCUGGAUCAUCAAACCCCUGUUCCUGGGGCGAGUCCUGGCAAACAUGGCCCAGAUGGAGAAGUACCUUCAGGAGUGUGGAGAUAUCAACUUUACUGUUGUCAGGCCGCCACAUUUAACUAUGGGACCUGUCACUGACAUGCAGUUCUGUACAGAGGAAGGUCCACAGGUGCUGAACACAGACGGGAUGAGAGGGAUGUGCCGUGCAGAUGUGGCCAGGUUCAUGCUGUCCACUAUGUCAUCUGAGGAGUGGCUGAGGAAAUGUGUAGCUGUCAUUGCUGUUCCCAAGAAGUAGUGUAAUAAAAGGUACAGUAGAGUGCCUAAUGCUUUCUGUGGAUUUUAGUUGGAUGGUUGGUAUAAAUGAGCAAAAACACGACGUCAUUGGGUGAUGAGAACUCAAUGAAAAUCCGAGCACUGCCCAAGCUGCUGGAAAAGGCAUUAUUUCAAAUUUGUGAAAUGCCCACGAACAUGACUGGUGAUUCCCGAACGUUGGAGAUAUCAUGACUUGAUCGAAUCAUUUUUGAUUUGCAAAUGUGGGAAUCCUUCAGAAAUCACCAAACAUUACUGACUGGAAAUGGUUAGUGGCUCGAUCCUGUGUUGAGUUAUUGUGAGGUACGAUAAUAAAUG